ACAGCAACUGUCAAAUAAAACUACAUAUAUUUAUUUAGUAAUUUAGAUAAUAGGUCGAUAGCAGUGAGUCUAUUGAAAGUACAUUCACUAAUGAUAAACGUGAAUGAAUCCGUGUGACUGUUGUUAGAGGUCAUUGUUCCUGUUGAGUCUGUUACAGAGGAAAUAACCUGCAAACUUUAUCUGCAAAUUUUGUUUUCAUAGCAAUGACGUAAAUAAGUGACGUGUUUUCCCAGUAACUUUAAAAAGACGAUACAUGAAGAUGACCCCUCCGGUUGAGGAAGUUCGGAAACGUUCACCGUCUGAUUAUAUAUUCGGAAAGGUCCUAGGCGAAGGGAGUUUUAGUACGGUUUAUCUAGCCAAGGAUGUUCACACGAAUAGAGAAUAUGCAAUUAAAGUUUUAGAGAAGGCUCACAUCACGAGAGAGAAAAAAACUGAGUACGUUAUGAGAGAAAAAGAGGUCCUGCGUCUGCUCGGAGGUUCUUGCCAGUACUUUGUACACUUAUACUGGACGUUUCAGGAUGCCGAACGACUCUACUUCGUCCUGACGUACGCCAAGAACGGGGAGCUCCUGAAACAGAUCGACAAACACGAGUGUUUCAAUAUUGAAUGCACGAGAUAUUACACAGCCGAGCUGGUCCUCGCCUUGGAAUAUCUCCACGGUAAGGAGAUUGUACACCGUGAUUUGAAACCUGAGAAUGUGCUCUUCGAUGAAAACUGGCACAUCCUCAUAACAGACUUUGGUAGUGCCAAAAUAGUGAAGGAAGAAACCGAAAGGUGCGAUAAUGAAAGUGAUACGAAUUUUCGUAAACGGCGUAACAGUUUCGUGGGAACAGCACAAUUCGUGAGCCCGGAGAUGCUGACGGACACGUCGUCCUCUUAUGCCUCGGACCUGUGGGCGUUGGGCUGCAUCGUCUACCAGAUGGUGUCAGGUCUCAUGCCGUUCCGGGGCGGCAGCGAAUACUUGAUAUUCCAGAAGAUUCUGAAUUUGGAAUACGAGUAUCCGGAGGGAUUCGACAAAAUUGCUAAAGACUUGGUAGAGAAAUUACUCGUUAUAGUGCCUAAUAAGAGGUUGGGGGCGAUUGACGCUAAGCCUUACGUGAGUAUAAGGGAACACGAACUCUUCAACGGGUUGAAUUGGGUCAAUCUGGGACCACCACCAAUUAUUUCCGACAGCAUAAGCGAACACAUAAUUCCCGACCAUCUAGAGCCCGGCUUGGACGAAGAGAAGGUUUCCAGGUUGCAGUUGGAUUUGUUACCGCCGGCGCCGACGCCGUCCCGGAAAAAAUCCCAGCCUGGCAGGAAGAUCACGGAUUUGAGCCCGGACGAGAUCAAGGAGAGGCUCGACGAGCAAAAGACUAAUCUCUAUCACACGUUUGUUGGCGGGAACUUGAUACUCAAGCAGGGUUUGGUCGACAAGAAGAAGGGGUUGUUCGCCAGGCGGCGGAUGUUCCUGUUGACAUUGGGGCCCCAUCUGUAUUAUGUGGAUCCCGUGACUAUGGUCCUGAAGGGGGAGAUACCGUGGAGCGGGGAUCUCAGAGCCGAGGCGAAGAAUUUCAAGAUAUUUUUUGUUUAUACGCCGAACAGGAAGUACUAUCUAGAAGAUCCCGAGGGCUAUGCCCUAGAGUGGUGUAAGGCCAUCGAGGACGUGAAGACACAUUACUUCCCCGAGAAGUCAUGAAAGUGGGAUUAAAUUCCCAAAUCACUACCUACACUGAAAUUGGCAACUUAGUUUCUCUAUUUAUUUAUAUUUUAAAUUAUUUAUGUACUAGAUUGUAAUCAUAUUAAUUAUUUCAUGUGCUAGUUUACUUUUUAUUUAUAAAAUUACCUAUUGUUUAAACAAAAUAUUCGAUUAAAGUAGUCAAUCUGG